UAGACCAGACCAAUCUUGAUUAUAAAUUUUGCAAGAAAGAUAUAAUUUUUCACCAUUGGCCGCCUGGGCACCGACCCACUGACACAUUGCAGGCAGGCAGGCAGGCAAUAAGGGAAUUGGGACUCUGGUUGAAUCAAUCAAAGCCCUAAAUUAUUUAAUUUCUCAAAAUUGCGCGACAAUGGCGAGCAGCGAUGUGGAGGCUGGAUUCGCCAAGCUUCAAGGCGAAGACUUCGAGUACUACAUGCAAACAUACUCUAUAAUCCUCGGCCGCAACUCCAAGAAAUCAACCGUCGACGUCGACCUCGCCUCCCUCGGCGGCGGGAUGAACAUCAGCCGCCACCACGCCCGCAUAUUCUACGACUUCCAGCGCCGCCGUUUCGCCCUCGAGGUUUUGGGCAAAAACGGCUGCUCCGUCGAGGGGGUGCUCCACCUCCCGGGAAACCCUCCCGUCAAGCUGGAUUCGCAGGAUCUCUUGCAAAUCGGGGACAAGGAAUUUUACUUUCUGUUGCCCAUCAGGAGCAUUCUCGGUGGACUGAUCGGACCGAGGCAUCACGUGAGCAAUUACCAGAUUGGCCCCGCGCAUCAUUUCCGCGCAAUUCAGAACCAACACCGUCACCACCACCAUCAUCAUCAUCUAGGCCUGCCUCCGCCGCCCGCGGCUGGAGGAGUAAAUUAUGGGAAGAAGGGGAGAGUGAGGGCGGAGUAUUACGAGGAGGAGGAGGAGGGGGGAGUGGAGGAUGGUUUGUCUGGAGGGAAGAGGGUAAGAAUGGUUGAGGGUGUAGCCUCUGGGCACUUGGGGGAUGAUAAAGAGGGCAAUGGAAGACCAAAUGUGGAUCGGGACGCUGACAACCAGCAGCUACUUAGUUUAGAAGAGAAGGAGGUUGUAUCUACGGUGGCUACAGUGUUGUCUGAUUUGUGCGGUCCUGGAGAAUGGAUGCCGAUGGAUAAACUUCAUUCUGAGCAGAUGGUGGAACAAUUUGGGAAUGUGUGGCAUCACAGCCGGGUGAGGAGAUACCUGACGUGCGAGCAGGAGGAGGAGUAUCCAGCAGCAGGCUCAGAAGCUGCAGCUGCUGCUGCUAAGGAGAAGCCCUGGCUGGGAUUGAUGAUGCUGGUGCGCAAGUACCCGGAGCACUUUGUGAUCAACACAAGAUCCAAGGGGCGGCACACUCAGGAGUUUGUGUCUCUUGUCUCGCUGCUCUCCUGACCGACCCUAAUCAAUCUUCCUGAGUUCCAUUAUUCUCUCGCUCAUUCAGGUUUGCAGCAGCCAUCUCCUACUAGUAUUCUGGUAAUGUAAAUCUGAUGACAUCUAUCCAUCUAUCGAUCGAUCUCUUUGUGUAUGCUUGUCUGCUCUGACCUGACUUGAUUGGAUUCGGUUCGACUCGACUCGACUGUAAAUUAGAGAGAGGCUAGAGCGUGGUUUCGAUGGGGAACUCAACUAACCAAGGGCAACGGAUCUUGUUUUGUUUCUAGGCAUAGUCAGUCUGGAAUGGAACUAUGGAAGAAAGCCUUACUUGCAAUUAAAUGGUUCGUUGUUUACAUUAAAUAUAUACAUAGGGUUUGUUUAUAAACUAAUUCGUUGUUUACGCUAUCUAA